GCCUCGCGGGCUCUGACGCGAGCUGUCACGCUACUUCGCUCGCUCUCGUUCUCCCCGGGCUUCCUUCCGAGAGCCGGCUGCUGACUGCACCGCGUGCGGGUGAGGCUUUCCCGGGGUGCCCCCCGAACCGCAUCUGCGCCUGCGCUUGGCGCGCAGGGCAAGCGAACCGGGGGAACUCUGGAGGCUGAGCGCCGAAGGAAGCUUGCGGGACGGAGUGGAAAGGGUGUCCGGGGGGCUUGGGUUCGAAUGUCACCGCUGCAACCUACUGAGUGCAAGUAUCUGCACCUCCCUGAGCCCCAGCACCCCUAUCUGUAAAAAUAAGUAUCAGAUGAGCAAGAGUGGCUUUGGGGAGAGGACCUUAGAACUCACUCAUUCCCAUUUUACAGUUAAGGAAACUGAAAACUGGAAAGAAGGGAUUUGCCCCACCAGCAGGCAGCAAAGUGAGACCCCCUACUAUCCCCCCGACUGAUACUACCAAAUACCAUAGCCAGCGUUCUUUCUUUUGCACCUCACUUGUAAGAUAAGUGGCUCAGUGGAUUGAGAGCCAAAUUUAGAAAUGGGAAUUCCUGGGUUCAAAUCUGGCCUCAGACACUUCAUAGUGGGGUAACUGGGCAAUUCACUUAACCCCCAUUGCCUAGCCCUUACUGCUCUGCUCUUCUGUUUUGGAACCAAUACAGAGUACUGAUUCUAAGGCAGAAGGACCCAGACUAUGCCAUAAAAAUCCAUGGUAGACAACAGCAAGAGAAGACAUUAUGAAAAUCUUACAGCUGUUCUCUAACCCAACCCUGGUAGGAUCAUUUGCCCUACGACACUUUCAUCCAGGGGUGGGCCCCAAUGGAACUAGAUGGAUACCUGUUCAAGGAAAGAGCCUGACAUUUCAUAGGGGUACAUGGCAGCUGUACAGAUGCCUGGGAUGGAAGCAGCAGUGUGGGAUGCUGAGACUAUUCAGUUCCUCCCUCCCCAAACUCAAUUCAAAUGACGGGACCCAGAAAAGUAUAAAAAGCAGCUCUCCCGAGCUCAGUGAAUCAUGUUCUCUGUCCCAACUGGAAACAAAUGGAAAUGAAGAAGAGAACUUUGGAACCCUAUCUGACAAAUAUUCAUCCAGAAAAGUAUUUCGCAAAACCACAGCCAACUUUCACAACUUACGGUUUCAAGAAUAUGAGGAUGAGGAAGAUAAGAUACUGCAAAAGCCUUGGAAGGGCCGGCACAACACUCCUCAUUGGUAUUUCUUUCAAUGCAAGAAGUUGAUAAAGGAGGACAAGUUGGCUGAGGCCCUGGAUCUGUUCGAGAGGCAGAUGCUAAAGGAGGAACGCCUCCAACCCAUUGAGUGUAACUAUACAGUGCUGAUUGGAGGCUGCGGUCGGGCAGGCUACCUGAAGAAAGCCUUUCAACUGUACAAUGAUAUGAAGAAACGAGAUCUGGAGCCCACUGAAGCCACUUAUACGGCCCUGUUCAAUGCCUGUGCCCAGUCACCCUGGAAAGAUUCUGCCCUACAGAGUGCCCUAAAGCUUCAGCAACAACUCCGAGACAAAAACAUCCAACUGAAUUUGAAAUCCUAUCAUGCACUACUAAAAGCAACUGCUCUCUGUGCUGAUACCAGGAUGUGUUUUGAGGUCUUCAAGGAAAUUGUCCUCAAAGGUCAUGCUGUCACCGAAGAGACUUUCAAUUUCCUACUUAUGGGUUGCAUAACAGACAAGAAGACAGGCUUCAGAUAUGCCUUGCAGGUUUGGCGACAGAUGUUGAAAAUGGGGAUUAAGCCCAAUGCUCACAGUUACAAUCUGAUGCUGUGUGCAGCUCGAGAUUGUGAUCUAGGGGACCCCAGAGUGGCUUCAGAUUUGCUUCUGAGGCCUGAAGAGGAGCCAGCCCUGCUCCAACUGACAGCAGGCAAGCAGCACCGAAGGAAGCAAACACAAGAACAGAAGGCCACCUCAGUCAAGCUGCAUGUGGACUCCCUGGAGAGACAGCUAUUCCAGGGAAUUUCCAGGGAGGCCUGGGAUCCUCUGGACCUCCAGAAAGCCAGAGAGACCAAUGAGGUUCAGCCCAAGUUGGAAGAUGGCAAAGGAGGACUUGACUCUAAACCUGCUGAUUCCCUGGUGGUGCUAAACCAAAGUCUGAGUAGUCCAGAGCCCAUGAAAGCCAAUGUUGCUGGAUUUUUAGAACCUGGUUGCCCCCUGCCAAACUUGCUGGAUCUCACAGUAUCUCACCUGAAUGUGAUUUCUUUAGGGACUGUUACUACUCCAGCUGACAGGUUGGCUUUAAUGGGUGAGAUGGAAGGCUUCCUGAGUAAGAUGAAGGAGGACCACCUUGUACCUAAUAUCAAAACUCUGACGAUGUUGGCUGAGAUUGUCAGGCCAAACAGUGCAUCAGAGUCUUCAUUGUUGGCCAUUCUUGAUGAGCACAAAGUGGAAGCUGAUAUUACAUUUUUCAACACAUUGGUGAAGAAGAAGAGCAAAUUAGGAGACCUACAAGGAGCAAAGGAGCUGCUUCCCAUCUUGGCAAGGAGAGGAAUCGUCCCUAACAUGCAGACGUUUUGUAACUUGGCUAUAGGCUGCCUCAAGAAAGCAUAUGGAAUUCAGCUACUUGCAGAUAUGAAGAAAUGCGGGAUUGUCCCCAACACCCAUGUCUACAGCACCCUCAUCAAUACGGCUGUGAAGAGGCUGAACUAUGCUUAUCUCAUAGUCAUCCUUCAGGACAUGAAGAAGAACAAGGUCCCAGUGAAUGAAGUCAUAAUCCAACAGCUGGAGUUUGCAGCUACGUACCCUCCAACAUUUGACAGGUACAAAGAGAAGAAUGCCUAUCUGGAAAAGAUUGAUGGUUUUCGAGCUUACUACAAGCAGUGGCUGAAAGUGAUGCCAGCAGAAGAAACUCCCCAUCCUUGGCAGAAAUAUAAGAUAAAACCUAAGACUGACGAAGUUAGUGAAGAGGAGACUGAAGCAGCCAAAGGCCAGCAAGAACAGUCACUGUGAUGAUCUUCCAUGGACUGACAAUAUAGGCCAACUUUGGUACAUUUUGCAAAACCCCCAAAAUCCCCAGUUGUUAAUGAUCAGUUGGCCACAGAGGAAACGUAGAGAAGUAUUUUGUAUCACAGGGUCAAGGAAAUGAUAGUCUUUACCCUUUGCCCCUAUGUUCAGUAUUCAUUACUGGCCACAAUAUAGUUGGGGGUCUUAUUGCAUUAGCAUACUACUGCAUUUUAGAAUGCUUUCAAUAGACUUCAUUACACAGCAGCUGAUUGUACCAGCUUUUGUUUCCUGAAUCAUCCCGAGCUGAGAGUUGUUGGCUCUUGUAAAAACUGGGCUGUUUUUACAAGUCUGGAGAACCCUGUGCCAACAAAAUAGUGUCCAGAGGGGCAGCUAGACUGGCCUCACGUUCAGAAAGAGAAUAUUUUGCCUAGAGAAGACCUGGGCAUUGGAAUCACAUGAUAGCAAUCUCCAUCCUAGUAUUGGAAGGAAUAGCACAUGGGAUUCGACUUGUCCUUAGCUCCAAGGAAUAAAAACUAGGAAAUGGGUAAAAGUUUAAAAAACAAAUUUAAACUUAAGUAGAAACUUCAAACAAUGAGUAGAAUGGGGAGGUCUUAAGAAGUAGCAGGUUCUUUUAUUGGAGGUUUUCAUGCACAGGCUGCUAUGUUAGAAGGAAUGGCUGCUCUGAGGUCCCUUCCAACUCUGGGAAAUACUAAAAUGAUAACUUUAUUAUCUUCAGACUUUAGAAUCUCUCUAUUCUGAGGUGGCCUAUAAUGAUGUUAAGAACUCUUGUCUUAAGAGGCAAAAGACAUGAGUUCAAGUGUUGCCUUUCAAUUAUCAUUUCUAUGGCAAGGCAAUUUAGCCUUCUAAAUUCUUUACCUUCUAUCUUAGAAUCAAUGCUGUGUAUUGGUUCUAAGGCAGAAGAGUGGUAAGGGGUUAUGUGAACUAUGGGGGUUAAGUGACUUGCCCAAGGUCACACAGCUAGCAAUUUUCUGAGGCCAGAUUUGCUGCCAUGAUUUCCCCUAAGCCUGGCUCUCAAUCCGGAGCCACCUAACUGCCCCCUUUCUGAAUUCUAUUUAUAUUAGAGGUAAUAUAGUUGAAAUCCCACCUCACAGGCUAACUGUGUAAAUCAGGAACUGGGCUAGCCCCUCUCAACUCCUAAUUCUAUAAACCUAUGAUCUUGUUUCCACAACUAUAAAAUGGGGAUAAUAUUUGUACUAGUUAACCUACAGGGUCAUGAGAGAAAAAUGAAGUCUCAAAUAGCUCUUUUUAUAUAUAAAGGAUCAAUCCAUUUAAGUGGUAGCAUGUUAAGAAAAAUCUUAUCUCCAUCUUAAUAUCUUGUGUACACACUACAGCAUGAGUUACCAAUAGUUAAAGGCUUUAUUUUAAAAUCACAGGUAAUUACAACUGAUUAAUACAGUCUUUUAUUUGCCAUCAUGCUCCAAUUGCAGGUUGUAGCUUUGGAGAGCAGGAGUUAUCCAGGGGAAAGUGUUCACUUUAACAGCUACUCGUGGAGAUGAACAAUAAUGAUAAGCUAGAAGUGGAAUCUGUGGGCCCAUCACUCCGAGACCUGUCAACCAGAGCAUCCUCGGCAGCCACAGUGGGUACAUUCGAUGAUCCGUCCCUGUAAAACAAGGCAGACAGUGAUAUAGCCUGGUUAACAGUGAGGCAGGAAGUAACCCCUUUCUGAUGGAAGCUAUUCUGGGGUAGCUGGAUUGCUCAGUGAUAGAAAGCCAGACUUGGAGACUGGAAGUUCUGGGUUCAAAUAUGGCCUGAGAUACUUUCUACCUAUGUUACCCUAAGCAGGUCACUUAGAAGUUUAUUCCAUUGUAUCUAUGCUUCUCCUAGGUUGUCUAGCCCAUGGCUAGAAUCCUCCUCCCUAGCCCUCCAGAUAAUUCAAUCCAUUGUCCUUCCUUUCCUACAUUCCCUAAAGAGUUCACAAGACCCCAAGUUCUUCAGUUCCAUGGAAAAUCCCAUGAUGGAAAUUCCCAUUCAGGGUGCAUUUUCCUAGAGGUGUUGUUCCAGAGUCUCAGAACUUAGCUUGGUGUUGUAUGUGUGCAUGCCUCUUUAUGGUGGUUAUAAGAGCACUGACUCCUUUGACCUAAUUAAAGAUAUUUUCUUGUUAA